AUGUUUGCUAUAACGGCUGUGUUCUAUGCGCUCCUACAUGUCGGAUGGACAGUGUUACCCAAUGGGUCGGAUAAAUGUUUGCGAGUAACUGACAGAGACUUUGAAAGUAGCGUUAUCUGCAAAAUUCGCACAUUGGAUGGGGAUGGCAGCAGCAUAUCAUCAGUACACUCGGAGACGAGUCGCUUAUCAAUCGAAUGCAAUCACCUUUUGUUAUUCGAAAGUUCACUUCGGGCGCAUUAUUUCAGCCCCGUCGUGAGUCUUACAGAUCUUAGUAUAAGUAAUUGUAAACUACUUAAUAUUCCUGAUAAUACUUUUCAAAAUCUAAAUAAAUUAAAGCGACUAAAACUUCGUUCAAAGAACUCUGAGUGGAGCCCUACCAAGAAUUUAGAUUUGACUUUGAAGUCUUUCAAUGGAUUAUUGGAACUGCAGUCUUUAGAUCUCGCCCAAAAUAACAUCAAGUUCGUUCCUUCCGGAGUAUUUUGCUCUCUAGAAAACUUAAAUACAUUAAAUUUAACUCACAAUAGAAUAAGAACCGUCGGUCAGAUUGGAUUUGGGCCUGGAUGUGGUUCAAGCCUUCAUACUCUUGAUUUGAGUCAUAAUGAAAUUAAAACAUUGGCAGAGGACUCCGAACUAUUAAAAUUAAGAAGUCUGCAACAUUUAUACUUACAACACAAUAAUAUUACUGACAUAUCAAGUGAAGCUUUUAACGGCCUUGUUUCAUUGAGGGUUCUUAACAUAUCACACAAUCGCUUACAUACAUUACCAGAAGGCCUAUUUUCUUAUUCUAGAGAGUUAAGAGAAGUUUAUUUAAACGAUAAUUCUCUGUUUGAACUCGCUAGAGGUAUUUUUCAUCGCCUGGAACAGCUGAUUGUAUUGGACUUAUCGAGUAAUCAACUUACUAGUAAUCAUGUUGAUCACGGAACCUUUCUUGGAUUAGUGAGGUUAAUUGUGUUAAAUUUAUCGAACAAUGCAUUAACAAGAAUCGAUGGAAAGACUUUUAAAGAUUUAUUUGUAUUACAAAUAUUAAAUUUGAAAAAUAACUCCAUUGGAUAUAUAGAAGAAAAUGCCUUCUUGCCUUUGUAUAAUCUUCAUACGCUCAACUUAGCUGAGAAUAGAUUACAUACGAUAGAUGAAAAUUUAUUUAAUGGAUUAUAUGUUCUAAGUAAAUUAACUCUUAAUAAUAAUUUACUUGUAAAUAUUGACAGAAAAGCAUUUAAAAAUUGUUCAGAUCUUAAGGAAUUGGAUUUGAGUUCUAAUCAAUUAUUAGAAGUUCCUAAUGCAUUAUGGGAGCUUCCGCUUCUAAAAACUCUAGAUUUAGGAGAAAAUCAAAUAUCCGACUUCAGAAAUGGUUCGUUUAAAAAUCUUAAUCAAUUAACUGGAUUAAGAUUAAUCGACAAUCAAAUCGGCAAUUUAAGUGUUGGAAUGUUUUGGGACUUGCCGAACUUGCAAGUUUUGAAUAUAGCAAAGAAUAAAAUUCAAUCCAUAGAGCGAGGAACCUUUACUAGAAAUACGCAAUUGGAAGCAAUAAGACUAGAUGGAAACUUCUUGUCGGACAUCAACGGAGUCUUUUCAACGUUAGCAAGUCUUUUGUGGCUUAAUCUAUCGGAGAAUCAUCUAGUGUGGUUUGAUUAUGCGUUUGUGCCUAGUAAUUUAAAGUGGUUGGAUGUGCACGGUAAUUUCAUUGAACACUUAGGUAAUUAUUACAAGUUACAAGACGAAAUUCAUAUAAAGACAUUGGAUGUUAGCCAUAAUAGGAUAGCGGAAAUAUCGUCUAUGGCCAUACCUAAUAGUGUAGAACUGUUGUUUAUAAAUAAUAACUUUUUAAAUAAUAUUCAUGUGAAUACGUUUUUCGAUAAGAAAAAUUUAACGCGAGUGGAUAUGUACGCAAAUGAGCUAGUACAUAUGGAAUUAAAUAGUUUGCGUUUGGCGACUGUGCCCUCAAAUAAAACUUUACCUGAGUUUUACAUCGGUGGUAAUCCUUUUCAGUGUGACUGUACAAUGGAGUGGUUACCUAUAGUAAACAAUAUGACUGCUAUGAGACAGUACCCGCGUGUGAUGGAUUUAGAAAAUGUUUUGUGUAAAAUGACUAAUACUCGUAGUGGAACACAUGUACCCUUAACUAACCUUAAGACGUCGGACUUUUUGUGUGAGUAUGAGACUCAUUGUUUUGCUAUCUGUCAUUGCUGCGAUUAUGACGCGUGUGACUGUGAAAUGACCUGUCCUCAAAAUUGCACCUGCUACCACGAUCCGUUAUGGAACACUAAUGUUGUUGAUUGUUCCGGACAAUCUUCCGUGGAAAUACCACACAAGAUACCCAUGGAUGCGACCGAAGUAUUUUUAGAUGGAAACAAUAUAAGAGAGCUCCAAGACCACGUUUUCAUUGGACGACAAAAGAUGCGAUCACUUUAUGUGAAUAAUAGUAAUGUAGAUACUAUUCAAAAUAGAACAUUUGCAGGCCUUAAUUCUCUUCAGAUACUUCAUUUAGGUAACAAUAAAUUAAAAGAAUUAAAGGGAUUCGAAUUUCAUCAAUUAACUAGUUUAAAGGAAUUAUUUUUACAAAAUAAUCUAAUCAGCCAUAUCGCAAACAUAUCAUUUUUAUCACUUAAAUCUUUGGAGAUUCUACGUCUGGAUGGAAAUAGAUUAGUUGAUUUUGGCAUAUGGAGUUUUAACAAUAAUCCUAAUUUAAAAUCUGUUUCCCUCGGAAAUAAUUUAUGGUCAUGUAAAUGUCGUUACCUGCAAGAGUUGACUUCGUAUUUAGCUGAGAAUGCACAAAAAAUUAUUGAUAUAACGGACGUAUGGUGUUGGAAUGGUGACGCGAAGCCACCACAGAAAAAAGAACUUAAUUUAAAUGGAACAGCCUGCAGUGAUUAUUAUGCUGAUAAUUCAGUCAUCGGAAACAUGUUAGUGUCGAACUACGUUCCCAUGAUGGUCUCGACUCUUACCGGCCUUAUGCUAAUUUUAUUGGUUCUUGUACUACUAUUUCUGUUUAGAGACUCGUUGCGUGUAUGGCUUUAUACAAACUGUGGCGUUCGAGUUUUUUCAUUCUCGGGUGCUUUUGAAGAAAGUGAAAAAUUAUAUGACGCAUAUGUUUGCUACAGCCCUAAAGAUGAAGAUUUCGUAAUACAGUCUCUAGCUACGGAAUUAGAAAACGGUAAUCCUUCAUAUCAUCUCUGUCUUCACUAUAGAGACAUACCACACCACGGGGCACAGUACAUGCAAUGUGCUCCUCCAGUCGUCGAGGCCGCUGAGGCAUCAAAAAGAAUAAUACUGGUGCUUACGAGAAAUUUUAUGCAAACAGAAUGGUCACGAUAUGAAUUCCGACAAGGAUUACACGAAGCAUUGAAAGGAUGUGUUUAUAAAUUAGUCUUAAUAGAAGAAUUCUCCGUUGUAAGAGACGCUUUGUGUGAUCCAGAUUUACGUCCAUAUUUGAAAACAAGCUCACGAUUAAGGUGGGGUGAAAAAAGGUUUUGGGAACGACUCAGGUAUAUGAUGCCGGAAACAUCGCAUUCGAGUCACAAGACACGAUCUCACAACUAUCGGAAGAAUAUAAAUACAUAUACGUUAGAUUCUUCUGUACCUAAUGGGGGAAAUCGGACUUUAAAUUACCCUGAUAAAUCGCCAGUGUUGGGUAGCACUGCACAGAGUGCCAGUGCACCUCCCGAUUAUAACACAGAAGUGCGGCAGUCUCCAUCGGCUAUAAGACAAACUCAAGGAGUCGCUUACGGUCCAGAUGGGAGACCAAUAUCAGAUCAUAUUUAUUCGUCAAUAGAUUCUGACUACUCCUCCUUAGAACAAGGUAUGGCACCAGGCAGACGACGAGAAUUACGACAAUGGCCACCUCCACCAGCUCUCGUUGACACGGGCAACGCCGUGCAAGCUUACCUAGUCUAGACGGGCCCUAGCCCACUUCCAGUCACAUUGUAUAUACUUUGUAGAUUUUAGUUUUAGUAUGCUGUAAAUAUUGUAAUUAUUAGUAAUAAGUGCUAUACCAAAAUUUAUGUAAGUGAACUUACUAUUGCCUGUUUGUUAUCCUGUGUAUAGGUUUCGAAUUAAAAUUUUAAAGACUGCUGUAGCAAAUAAUUAUUGUAAAUAGCGAAAAACAAGUGAUCGUACUAUAUAAAUAUCAUUAAUAUGGCGUUAUUUAUACACUAUCAAAAAUAAAAUGAUGAAGAUUUUUAA